AUGAGAAUUCUGUUUGUAGUGACACCAUCGUGCCCCUCCUACCCUUACGGGCCAGACACCACGUUCAAGUUGCUUGCUGAUGUCCCAGCGUACGCAACAGCCACCUGCAAAGGCAACUACAAAUACGACUUCCGGGAAGUGGGCGACGGCAUCAGUUUUACACUUAAAGUUGGCUUCGACGAAAGGCUAGCCCACAAACAGUGUGUUUUCCAGAAAAAGGUGAGCACGAAUACAUUUGUGGUUUUGAUCGAGGUGGGCUGGGGAGAGCCUGGAGGAUUUAUCCUGACCCACAAGGAGCAGUACCAGGUCUCCUGUGCUUACGGAGGGAAGGGGACGGGCAAGUCUCUGGACAAACCUGUGGACGACUGGCUAAUUGCCCCAAAAGAGAAGCAGUAUUUACUGGGGAAGGAAGUCUCCUCUACCUUCACCCUGCGAGUGAUCAAUGUGCACGGGGAUCCCUUUUUUCAUGAGCUGCCAUUAGGCAGAUGGAUGCAGCUGGAGGCAAUCUCAAAUGGUAAAAGUGGAGAAAAAGGUAUUCGAGUAUUGAGCUGUGUUGCUGCGAAUUCUGUGACGUCAUAUGCAAUUCUACGUGCUGGGUGUGGCGAUGGGAUAGUGUUUGAGAAGAACGCCGGCUUCGAGACGCGAGGGUUGCGAGUUUUCAGCCCGUAUUUUGAGGGAUUCAAACUGAAAGGCAGUAACCAGCUCAUGUUCGUCUGUAAUAUCACAGUUUGUGACCACAAUUGUAACGGGAAUUCGUGUCCAGUGGAAGUUAAGCGUAGCAUUCCAGAAAAAACGGAAGUGAUCCAGAUCGUGGGCGACGUGGACGUAACGGAUGAACCGGAAUUAGUGUUGGUGGGCAGUUUGCUAACCCCGCCCUCGUCCACACCCGCUAGAUCAGGUGGACAGACCAUACUGGUUGAGGAACAAAUACAUCCCGAUGCAAAGGAAUCCACUCGAAGUCCACUCAUCAUUCUGUGGUUUACAGCGGUGUUGACAGCUGCAGUCAUUCUGUUAGUGUUUUCCACUCUGUUACAAGUGUGCGUCCACGUUAAGGAUGAUACCCUCCAACCACAGCCCAAAUCGCCGUGA